AGCGUAGGUAAGGGCGCAAGACAAGCACGGCGCACGUGCUCUUCAGCUUUCCCAGUUGGAGCCAUUCUCCUCAGCAGUACGCCUGGGGAGCGUCCUCAACACUGGGUGUGGUUGGGCGCUAGACGCCUAAUGCGCCACAGCCCUGUUAUACGGCCCCCAGUGCGAGCGUAUACGGUAACCUAUCCACUAUGGCACAAACGCUGCUCCCCGUCGAAGACCAGCUCAAUGAUGAAGAUGCCCUCAGUAUGGAUGUUCCGGGCCUUACGCAGCACAUGCUGCACGGACCAAAGAAGUCGCAGGUCGGUAUGGAUAGGAACUCAGGAGAGGAUGCCGUGACUCUGGACAACGGAUCCUCCUUCAAAUCGUACAGGCCGCCUGAGCAGACGGACGAGGCUAUGAAAGCAUCAGGAGAGCACGCUGUCGACCUCAAAGAACGUCCCGCCACACCCAAGCCUCUGUGUGUUCGGGGCGACGCUCUGUUGCAAGACAUCAACCACCAUCCUACAGACCACUUCGUUCUCUCAGAAAGGACGGAAACAGCUGCAGAGCUCGGAGACCUCAAUCACGACUCGGUGUCUACCAAGAAAGCGUCACAUAGUGAACUAUCUGCUGCCUGUAACAAAGAGGUUCUCGCAGAAUGUCUUUCAGUAGGUAUUUCACAGUUCGAGGCAGUAUAUCCGCAACCAGUCGAAACCACGGCGAACCUUCAGUUUUCAACAGUGAAAGUCUUCGAUGAUGUAGAACGGGAUAAUCAUAAGGCAGACGUGGCGGACCUUGGACCGCAAGGCGUGUUCCGUAUAGACUUAUUGCCUGUCCACGGGAUCCAGAGUGGCGCUGCAGCCGCAAGACAUGACGGGAGUGGUACGAAUGAAAUCAGCGGGAACAGCAAGAAUUCUUAUUCCGAACAGGCCGUUCCAGAUGUUUGUGAAGGUGACCCGGGCUCCAGUGAGACCGCGAAGCUUAUUAACGCGGUUGACAAGUCGUCCUCAACUACUUCAUUGUCUGCUUCAUUGGGGGCUUCAACGUUUGGCGACUGCAUAAAGCAGGAAUUCCGUUGCGUCUGCAAUGGCGCGACGCAAACGUACCAUGUGUCCAAUGUGGACGAAUCCACGCAGACCGUGCCUGUCGAGACACGAACUGGUUUCCCCAAAGUGCUCGCGCUGUUUCUGGGCAUCUGUGCCAGUUUAUUCUACAUGCUAGCACUCUACCGAACAGAUUUGUACGAGAGCGAGUUCAUGGAUAAUCUGGACUUCUUAUGAAGGACAGUGGAGCAGAAAAAAAUUAUGAAGAAACUGACAACUUUCGAAGUACGUGAUGGCUGACUCUGCACGUAUUUAUGGUUAUUAGAAAUUUCGAUUGUACAUUUU